CUCUCUUGCACUGCUGUCGCAGCGAUGGACUCCGACUCCCAGAUGGCAGAAGGAGAGGGCGGCCGCGAGGGGGCGGUGGUUUUGUCUCCGCCCCCUUUUGAUAGCCUUCGGGGGCGCGUUCUCCUUCUCUCCGCGGUCGCUGUGGCUGGGCUUAGUUAGAGGUGACCUCGAGGAGCCGAGCCGGUUUUUGUCUCCUGUUAUCGCCAUGUCUAAACCCAUCCGAGUCCUAGUGACAGGUGCUGCUGGACAGAUUGCAUAUUCUCUGCUAUACAGCAUUGCUAAGGGUGAUGUCUUCGGUGCAGAUCAGCCUCUUGUUCUUGUGCUUCUGGAUAUCACUCCCAUGAUGACAGUACUGGAUGGUGUCCUUAUGGAAUUGCAAGAUUGUGCCCUCCCCCUAUUAACGGAGGUAAUUGCAACUGACAAAGAAGAUGUCGCAUUCAAAGAUCUUGAUGUAGCCAUACUGGUAGGCUCCAUGCCAAGGAAAGAAGGUAUGGAGCGGAAAGAUCUGCUCAAGGCCAAUGUGAAAAUUUUUAAGUCUCAAGGCACAGCACUGGACAAAUAUGCAAAGAAGACUGUUAAGGUUAUUGUGGUGGGCAAUCCAGCAAAUACCAAUUGCCUGAUUGCUUCAAAAUCUGCUCCGUCCAUCCCCAAAGAGAAUUUCAGUUGUUUAACUCGUCUAGACCACAACAGAGCAAAGUCACAGAUUGCAAUGAAAGUUGGUGUGACUGCUAAAGAUGUAAAGAAUUGUAUUAUCUGGGGGAAUCACUCCUCUACUCAAUAUCCAGAUGUUAACCAUGCCAAGGUCAAAGUGCAAGGGAAAGAUGUUGGAGUUUAUGAAGCUGUGAAAAAUGAUAACUGGCUGAAGGGUGACUUCAUUACAACUGUUCAACAGCGGGGGGCAGCUGUCAUCAAGGCCAGGAAGCUAUCAAGUGCAAUGUCAGCAGCCAAAGCUAUCUGUGAUCAUGUGAGAGACAUCUGGUUUGGCACUCCAGAGGGUGAAUUUGUUUCUAUGGGUGUUAUUUCUGAUGGAAAUUCCUAUGGUGUCCCUGAAGAUAUUAUCUAUUCAUUUCCUGUUGUAAUAAAGGAUAAAACAUGGAAGAUAGUUGAAGGCCUUCCUAUUAAUGACUUCUCCCGUGAGAAGAUGGAUGUGACUGCAAAGGAGUUAACUGAUGAGAAGGAGACUGCUGUUGAGUUUCUUUCCACUGCAUGACUAGGUGCUUGUAAAGAUUCAGGUGAUGGCUUCAUCACUGAGGAUUCUAAAAGUCGACUUUAAAGUCACCAUCACAAUGCUUUCACUGUUAUCAAAUGUUUUCUUUUUCCUUGUGGCAGUUUGUUGAUUACCUGCUUUGUUGGAUCACUUGUGCCUGUUAUUGAGUGCUCUUAGUAACAAGACAAUUGCACAACCAGUUUCAAAUGUAGUUUUCAGAGCUGACCAAAUUUUUCUGAUGUAUUCUUUGCUUCCUGUAUUGCAUAGUACCUCUGCCUACUUUGCCUCUGUGACUGAAAAGGAGCAACCUUUCAGCUUGAGUUACAAAUAAAAUCAGCUCUACAGUACUAAAAGGUGAUUUCAUGGAAAGGGCUUCUUUAGCCCUGCUUUAAUCAAGUUAUGUUAGAUCCACUAGUAGUUUCCAUGAAAAGACAAAACCUGUGUUUCUUGGCACUCCUAAAAUUAAGUAGGAAACACAAUUGUUGAACAUGAUGAAUGUACUGUAUAUUGACCAUCACUGACUUACUCAAGAAAUCCUACUAGAAAUUACAUUAAAGAUUGCGUAAGCACUGUU